AUGGAGCAGGACAAGUACCUGCCCGAGCUGAUGGCCGAGAAGGACAGCCUGGAUCCCUGCUUUGUUCACGCCAUGCGCCUCCUGGAAGACGAAAUGGAAAAAUUUCAGGGUUCAGAAGGCAAGAAGGAAGAUGAAGAAAAGAAAUAUCUUGAUGUUAUCAGCAACAAAAACAUAAAGCUGUCAGAGAGAGUUCUGAUCCCUGUCAAACAAUAUCCAAAGUUCAAUUUUGUUGGGAAAUUGCUUGGACCAAGAGGAAACUCUUUAAAGCGGUUACAAGAAGAAACAGGCGCAAAAAUGUCCAUCCUGGGAAAAGGAUCCAUGAGGGAUAAAGCUAAGGAGGAAGAACUAAGGAAAAGUGGAGAAGCCAAAUACGCGCACUUGAGUGACGAGCUCCAUGUAUUAAUUGAAGUGUUUGCUCCACCUGGCGAGGCGUAUUCUCGUAUGAGUCAUGCCUUGGAAGAAAUAAAAAAAUUCCUGGUUCCUGAUUAUAAUGAUGAAAUUCGCCAGGAGCAGCUGAGAGAACUCUCAUAUUUGAAUGGUUCUGAGGAUUCAUCACGUGGACGGGGCAUUCGAGGAAGAGGGAUCCGUGUGCCACCUGCAGCUCCUUCCAGGGGCCGCGGGGGCGCCGUUCCGCCGCCGCUGCCGGGACGAGGAGCCCAGGCGCCCCGCGGAGCGCCGGUGACGCGCGGAGCGCUGCCCGUCCCGCCCGUGGCCAGGGGCGUCCCCACCCCGCGGGCCCGCGGAGCCCCGUCCGUGCCGGGAUACCGAGCGCCCCCGCCGCCCGCACACGAGCCCUACGAGGACUAUGGAUAUGAUGAUGGAUAUGGGGGUGAAUAUGAUGAUCCAAGCUAUGAGGCAUAUGAUAAUAGUUAUGCCACCCAAACACAAAGUGUGCCUGAAUAUUAUGACUAUGGUCACGGAACGAGUGAAGAGGCUUAUGACAGCUACGCACAAGAAGAAUGGGCCACGACCCGUUCCAGCCUAAAGGCACCGCCUCCAAGGUCAGCCAGAGGGGGUUACAGGGAACACCCCUAUGGUAGAUAUUGAAGGUCCUCCUCAUCUGUCACCUCCUCUCAAAGACAAUUAAUAGCCUGUGGUCUCCACAUAAACAGCAACAAGACAAGCACUCACAGGCACUGGACAGCUAAGCAGCAGAUCUGCUGGGAGGUGGUCAGAUUUUUGGAGCCUUAGGGAAGUACUGUACCUUUUGAAUGGUGUUCAGGGAAUUGAGAGUGCUCAACAUCAUAAAUCACUGGCUUCUGAAGGACUGAACCUCAGGUUGGGACUCUGCACAGCCCUGAGUUCUGGACCUACCAUUACCACCCUCUCUAGGAUAUGCCACCACUCAGACUUACAGUGAUCUUCCAGUCUAUCAGGUACAGAGUACUUCAUUAUGUGCACGAACAGAAAUGCUUAAAUGGAUGAAGCAGCUAUUUACGUCUGAUAGGAGCUAAGUGGGACAUUAAAUUAAUGCCAAACAAGUUAGUGAGACUUUAAUCAAGAAAAAAACCUAAUGAACAGUAAUUUGAAACACAGCAUUUGGAAAGGUCAGAAUGGUACAUUACAUCCUUAUUAUCCAAAAGAACAGAUGAGUUUAAUAUCGUGGCAGCAUUUUCCUGUGAAGAAGAUAUUAAACAAGAACUGAAAAUGGCACAAGGUUC